CAAUCCUUCCAAACGUUCAGAGAAGAGAGAGAGAGGUUCUGCCAUCGAGGGUUGCUUCCCGCAGAAGGUUCUGUGUGGAAUCUAUAAAACAAGUGAUGGGUAAUGAAGAAGAGUAAAUACAUAGAAAAGAGAGGAAGAAAAACAACAGUUUUUUUAUUUAGUUGUGAUUUCUAAGAAAUCAUCAAAGGAAGGUGUGGUUUCGUAACAACCUUGUUUUUCUGUUUAUCCGAGAUUCUGGAAAAUCAAAACCCCCACGUAAUCUACUCUAACCAUCGUUUAUCUUCUUCUUCACCACUCCAAGAUUUUCGUCUUACCCUUUUCCCCCUUUUUAAUUAAAAAAACAGAUAAAGAAAUAACUGUUUUGUGCUUAUCAAUUUUGUUACCUAUGCGCUGUCUCUUGUUGGAUUCUUACUUCCCUGCUGCAUAAUUUGGGUUUAUUCUUCGCCGUCUUUUCUGGGUUUUGAUAGUUUCGUUUCUUUUGGGGCAUUUUCAUUGUCGCCUCUUGAUUAUAAAGGGUGUUUCAUUCUCGUUCUCAUUGUGGUUCACGUGGGGUGCUUUUAACUAGGGUUUUUGAGAGGAUCCGAGGUUAAAGUUCGUGUCUUUGGUCGAAUAUCUCUGUUGGUUAUGUGCAAAGUUGAGCUAUUGUUGCAGUCUUAAGCGUUGGAUUGAUUGAUUUGAAAUUUCAUCGAAAAAUUCGUUGUUUUGUUUUCUUCUGCCGAUGAUUGGACCCUUUUCCGGAUUCGGUUUUUUGAGGAUUUGUUAACUUCUUAUCGAAAGAUUUCUCCUUUUUUUUUUUUUAAUUUUCUGGGGGUAAAGUAAAAUCUUGCGUGGUUAAAAAAGGAUUAAGAUGAAUUGCUUUGGUGGUGUCGUGUUUCAGCUAUACCUGAGAGUUUGAUUGGAACCCUUGUUUGGUGUUGAUUGGUGUUCCUUUUGUGGUGGAAGAAGGAGGUUGUGAUUGAGGGUUUGUUGUGUUGGUUGGGAGUUAGUUGUGGAUAAGAUGAGUUCCUGCGUUACUGGAAGUUUGGUCCAUCAGGGCCAGCUACUUGUUCAUAUUGCGGAGAAUGGACACUCCUUUGAGUUUGAUUGUGAUGAGAACACACUUGUUGAGGCUGUUAUGAGGCAUAUUGAAUCUGAUACUGGGAUUAAUUUCAGUGAUCAACUUGUUCUUUGUUUGGAGACGAAGCUCGAGUCGCAUCGGCCCCUGUCUGCAUACAAGCUUCCAUCAAAUGACCGAGAAGUGUUCAUAUUCAAUAAAGUAAGGCUUCAAAACAACGCGCCGCCUCCACCACCUGAGCAACUUGAUAUUCCCAAUCAUUUGGAGCCUCCAUCACCAUCCUCCUCCCAUGAUGCCCACCCUCUUGAUGAUGCUUCAGAUCCUGCUUUGAAGGCUUUACCUUCUUAUGAGCGGCAAUUCAGGUACCAUUAUCACCGGGGGCAUGCAAUUUAUACUAGUACUAUAUUGAAAUAUGAGCAUUGUGAGAGGCUUUUGAGAGAACAGAUGGUCCAAGAAAGAGCAGUGGAGGUCGCAAGGGGUAAUUUGGAUCAGUACUAUAGGUUGAUUUGCCAAAAUUACGGGGACUUCAUGAGACGUUAUAUGCAACAACAUAGGAUGCACUCUGAACUUUUGGUGAAUUUUGGGAAGGAUGUUGAGAAACUAAGAUCCAUCAAACUCCACCCUGCUUUACAAACUGCUGAUCGCAAAUGCUUGCUGGAUUUGGUCAAGGAAGAAAACUUGAGGAAGUCAGUGGAGAAUUGCACCACUUCCCAUAAGCAGUUUGAGAAUAAAAUGUCACAAUUUAAGCAGACUUUUGGGGAAGCAAAGCGCCGGGUUGAAGAAUUGUUCUCCAGCCGGUCUUUCUUGCCCAUUAAGAGUUUAGAACAGGCAAUUAAAGAACACGGGAAAUAUAUAAAUGAACAAAAGAGUAUCAUGCAAUCCCUGAGCAAAGAUGUAAACACAGUAAAGAAACUGGUGGAUGAUUGCCUAUCCUCCCAGUUGUCCUCCUCACUUCGUCCUCAUGAUGCAGUUUCAGCCUUGGGUCCUAUGUAUGAUGUUCAUGACAAAAAUCACUUGCCUAAAAUGCAGGCUUGUGAUCGUGCUAUUUCAAAGCUACUUGAGUUUUGCAAGGAAAACAAGAAUGAGAUGAACAUCUUUGUGCACAAUUACUUGCAAAACAUAACUUACGUUUCUUAUCUCAUCAAAGACCAAAAACUACAAUUCCCUGUUUUUAAAGAGGCAAUGGCUCGUCAGGAUGGCUUAUUUGCAGAUUUAAAGUUGUUCCAUGGUAUUGGUCCUGCAUACAGAGCUUGCCUUGCAGAAGUAGUAAGACGAAAGGCUUCUAUGAAGCUGUACAUGGGUAUGGCUGGGCAAAUGGCUGAAAGGCUUGCUCUAAAAAGGGAUGCCGAGGUCAGGAAACGGGAGGAGUUUUUGAGAGCACAUAGUUCAUGCAUUCCUAAAGAUGUAUUAGCAUCUAUGGGAUUGUAUGACUCUCCUAACCAUUGUGAUGUUAAUAUAGCUCCAUUUGAUGGUAAUUUGCUCAAUAUUGACAUAUCAGAUGUGGAUCGUUAUGCUCCUGAAUAUUUAGUAGGAGUAACAUCCAAGCUGGAGAAGUAUGGAAGCUUUAAAGGUUCAUCCUCUUUGAGUAGUAAUAGCUCUCACUUGGCUGAGGCUGUUGAUAUUUCUGCUGACUCAAGUGAGAGAGAUGAUUCUGAGGACCUCCUUGAUGGCAGUGAGUUGAUAGAAAUUGCUGGAACCUGCAAGAUGGAAGUUGAGAAUGCAAAGCUGAAAGCUGAUCUUGCUGCUAGAAUAGCUUUAAUAUGUUCUCUCUGCCCUGAGGUAGAGUAUGAGUCACUGGAUGAUGAAAGGGUGGAUACUAUACUGAAGAAAGCCACAGAGAAGACAGCAGAAGCCUUGCAUUUGAAAGAUGAAUAUGUUAAACACGUUCAAUCCAUGCUUAAGAUGAAGCAGAUGCAGUGUGUGUCAUAUGAAAAACGUAUUCAAGAAUUGGAGCAGAAAUUGUCUGAUCAGUAUGUGCAGGGGCAGAGGAUGUCUAGUGUAAGCGAUGCAGCUGACUUUCCCCUUGUUGCUGGGAAGACAGAUAAUUACAAGUCAGAAUAUGUCAGUGGUGAAGCCCACAUGCCUUGCAUAUCUACUACUGAGCCCAUGGAUGAGGUUUCGUGCAUCUCAAGUUCCUUGGAUGCAAAACUUGGUUUAUUCUCAGAACAUACUGGUAAAGCAUUAGAUGGGGUGGAUGAAAACAUGUUGGAUUCCUCUGGAAUUCAGAACCCACAGUUGGAUUCAUCUAUGAUGGAGCCUCAUCGUGAAGAAGCACAGAGUGCUGAUAAAGAUAAUAAAGACAAGAUAAUUGGACAAUUAGGCAUGUCACUAACAAACAGUUCUACUGGUGAGAGCAUGCCUGUGCCACAUGAUCUUGUACCUUCUGACUUGGCAGUUUGUCCAGAAUUGGAUUCCAAAGUAAACGAUGAUAAGUUGUUGGAAUUGCAAAAUGGACUUGCAGAUAAGUCAAAUCAAUUGAAUGAAACUGAAACAAAGCUUAAAGCUGUUAUGGAGGAGGUUGCCGUGCUGAAAAGGGAGUUGGAAGCCAGUCAAAAACUACUUGAUGAAUCUCAGAUGAAUUGUGCCCACUUGGAGAAUUGUCUGCAUGAGGCUAGGGAGGAAGCUCAGACGCAGAAAAGUUCUGCUGACAGAAGGGCCUCAGAGUAUAGUUUACUACGUGCAUCUGUUAUUAAAAUGCGCAGCUUUUUUGAAAGACUCAAGACCUGUGUUUAUUCUCCUGGUGGUGUCACUGGUUUUUCCGAUUCCCUACGUAAUUUGGCACAAUCUUUGGCCAAUUCUGCUAAUGACAGAGAUGAUGAUGAUAUUGCUGAGUUCCGAAAAUGCAUUCGUGUAUUGGCCGAUAAAGUUGGUUUCUUAUCUAGGCACCGUGAAGAGCUGCACGAGAAGUACACACAAGUGGAGGCUGCUAAUGAACAGCUUCGGAAAGAAUUGGAGGAGAAAAUAGAGCAGGUCAAAACAUAUUAUAAUAAACAUCAACUUGAGAAGCAGGCAAAUAAAGAGAAGAUUUCUUUUGGUUGCCUAGAAGCUCAUGAGAUUGCUGCCUUUGUGCUCACUCCAGCUGGGCAUUAUGAGGCAAUUACUAGGAACUGCUCUAACUACUACUUAUCUGAUGAAUCUGUAGCCCUGUUUGCAGACCAUCUUCCAAGCAGACCUAACUACAUUGUUGGACAAAUUGUGCAUAUUGAACGCCAAACCGCAAAGGCACUGCCUCCUCGGCCUGAGCGUGGUAGGGCUGAUAAAUUGACCCCUGACAAGGGGACUGACUGGUUGACCUUGAAUUCAGGAUCAACUCCAAACCCAUACGGUCUCCCCGUUGGCUGUGAAUAUUUCCUAGUGACAGUAGCCAUGUUACCUGAAACCGCCAUUCAUUCAUCGUCUCCUUCCUGAUCCUGCUUCAUCCUGGCAGAUUAGAUGUGAUGGAAGUAUUCAAUUGUACAUAAACUAUAUUCAAAGUUGAGAUGCCCUAGUUCAACCAGUUAACCAUUUGUACAGCUGAUGGACCAAUUCAGUUUCAAUUUCUCCCCUUUGUACAUAUUUCUUCCUACCUUCUAAAUAUUGUAUAAUUUGUGAAUAUUAUUUACAACUUGUUUAUUUGGACAACUGGUACUUUUCUUUCUAAGUUCUCAAGUUUGAUUUGGCAAGCAAUAUUUUCCAAAUCUCUAGAUUCACCAGGUCUGAGAUAACAGUUUUCC